AUGGCGGCAACGGCCGGGGCGGCCGCGGAGAUCGUGCGGGAGAUCACGGCUGUGGGCGCCGCCGCCGCGGAGCCGCUGCGGGCCGACUGCCUCCGCCUCGCGCGCAAGGUGUCCCUGCUCACGCACCUCGUCGCCGAGGUCGCCGAGGCGGCGGGGGAGGACGGCACGGCCGAGCCCGAGGCGACGGCCUGGGUGGCCGACCUGCUCCGGGCGCUCCGGAUUGAAGGAGGGCCACGGACGAACUAGGUGAGCAGCCGCAUGGUAAGGUCCGUACGUGCAGGUCAGCCAGAGUCCAUCAAUCCAGAUCCUGGUAUUGAGCUCAACAUGCAAGCCUUAUCCAUCCAAGAUCCAAAUGUCCUUCAUAUUCAAGCACAGCAAAAGGAGGAGA